GUGGACUCCAAUCCGCUGAAUGUCCCACAGGUAGACUCCAAUCCACUGAAUGUCCCACAGGUGGACUCCAAUCCACUGAAUGUCCCACAGGUGGACUCCAAUCCAAUGAAUGUCCCACAGGUGGACUCCAAUCCAAUGAAUGUCCCACAGGUGGACUCCAAUCCACUGAAUGUCCCACAGGUGCACUCCAAUCCGCUGAAUGUCCCACAGGUGGACUCCAAUCCGCUGAAUGUCCCACAGGUGGACUCCAAUCCGCUGAAUGUCCCACAGGUAGACUCCAAUCCACUGAAUGUCCCACAGGUG